AUGCUUCAUAAUCUGGGAGUAGAGUUUGCCAAAAACUCUCUGUUCACUUUUCCCACCACUCAUCUUUACCUUGCGCUUCGAUUGACAUCAAACCUGGACCUUGCGUGGCCAGACAUGGAUCUUUUCGUUAGCAUUAUCACGCCAGAAAUGCUUUUCCUUGGAGGCCUCCCAAACAACCUGGAAUCUUGCCUCAAGCGAUUGAUGCCCAUGCAAGGUAUCUCGCCAAAGAUCUUCGCGAAGGGUGGCAAGAGACGUUCAGGCCGGAAGAGCCUCCCUUUUACACCGUCGAUCUCCAAGACUGGUCGAGACUGGCACGAAGCGUCUGCAGUCAUCAGCGCCUUCCGAGACCGACAUAUUAUGAACAACACAAUCAAGUGGACCUUCGAGACCGUCGAAGCUGUCUUUAAGGAGCCUACGAAGAACAGCGCUUCACAACGCGCGGCCCGUGAACAUUGGAUCAAAUCUUGGCAGAUCGGUAUGGUUCCACUCCUUCAAUGUGUCAAAACUGCCAUUACCACGGAAUUAUCUGUUCUUACCUUCGACUACUUUGGAUUACAUCUACGCUGCGGGAAUUUCCUUGUUAAGCUACGCUCAGGGUUUGGCGAAAACGUGAAAAAGAUCGAUGAAAUCACACACUCAAAUGACGAGUUACGGUGGCUCGCAGGAUGCAUGGUUCUUGCAAUACUUCGAAAUGCCGUCGAAUGGGAACUUGUGGCAAAAGAUAUGGACGGUGACGGCGGCCUUUUGCCAGAGUGGCGGCUUUUCAUGGACGCAGGGGCUCUGUUGAAGGAUUUCAUCCAGAGCGAAGGGGAUUGCGAGAGCAAACACUCCGAAAAUUACGCAGGGAAGAUGAGGGAGGAAGUAGUGGACGAUAUGCCUGUUGGCGGUGCUCGCAAGCCUUACAAUCCAGAAUACUACAGGGAGGAAUGGAAAAUGUCUCGAGCGGAGAAGGAACGAAGUGAGGCCAUGAUGGUGGGAAACGUGUGA